CCGGUAAAAGUUUGUGUCAGUUCAGUUGCGUUCUGUAUUCAGUCUGAGCGAAUUCGUUGAGAGAGAUAGUUAGGUUCGUUCAUUACUUCGUCGUUUGUUUUUGGUUGUUGUUGGUACGCACACGCACGGUUUAUUUUUAUUAUUCGAUUAAUUUACGAUAAACGAAACGCGCUUUAUUUAGUAGUGAUUUGAUCGGACGUCAUCGUAUUUAAAAAGUGUUGAAUUUUCGAGUGCACUUGUGCAACAAGCUGUUCAAUUGUCUAUUUUGUGCGAGUGUUCUAGUGUAACGUAGUGGCACCCAAAUGCUUACCCGCCGUGGAAGAAAAAUCUUAUUUAAUGUUCAUGUUUCGGAAAAAAAAAACCAACUUGACUAAUAAAUUGUUAAAAGCCCGCAAGAGGCGGGGGUACAAUGAAACGCGGGGUUCGUUGGAGGAGAACAUUUGCCAUGAACUUCUCAAAACUCUCGAGGAAAAUCAGCUGGACAUGUUGCUGAAAGCGAUCGAAAGUCGGGGUCAGAACAUGUCAAAUUGCGUGCUGAUACCUCGCACUACCGCCGAUCGUCCUCACGUGGUCUGUUGUCAAGAGUGGAGAUGGCCGGAUCUAAGCCAAUACGCUGAACUCCGCAGCCUGCCUACGUGCAACUCCGCUUCUGACCCCGUCUACAUAUGCUGCAAUCCGUACCAUUGGAGUCGUCUUUGUCAACCUGAAACACCUCCACCUCCUUAUUCCCGAUCGAAUUCGGAUAGGCUAAAACCUGAAGAUCGAGCACCUAGUGAAGUAUCUUUGGUCUGCAGGGAUUCUUAUCCUGAAUCUUUCUCUACAAAUGGAGAUUCAUAUAUGACGUCGUCUGCAUGGUGUAAAUUGGCAUACUGGGAGCAAAAGCAAAGGGUUGGUGAUCAAUAUCAUGUGGAAUGUGCGGCUGUGAAUAUAUAUGGGAAAGAACCGUCCUACGGACAUGGCAUUUCAUUGGGAAACUUGGCCCAACAUAGCUUCUCACCUCCUGAUUCAGUAGCGAAAACUAGGUGUAAAAUUGGAUUAGGAAUAACACUUUCUCGCGAGGAUGGCUGCGUUUGGCUGUACAACAGAUCCGACGUGCCGAUUUUCGUGAACUCGCUGACUCUGGAGGACCCCGAUACGAAUCCUUCCCUAAACCCUACUCGUGUACCUGCUGAGCAUUGUCUUUGUGUCUACAACCCGCUGUACGCCUAUAGGUAUAGGAACUUUGCUCAAGCCAAUAUUGGACCUGUCGAUCCCCAUUCCAUAAGGAUCAGUUUUGCCAAAGGCUGGGGCGCGACCUAUAGCCGAAGGGACAUAACGUCGUGCCCCUGCUGGUUAGAGGUGCUGUUAUUAGCACCUUGCAGGUGAUUUUUGUUGAUCGUGCAACUUGUUCCAACAAAGGCUGAUUACAGGAAUAAAAUUGUUAUUCUAAUGUUGAAAGAGUAAAGCGACACAUAAAACAUGGAUCAUUUUGUAUAAUAUAUUUAGUUGUAAUUUUUGUACUAAAAAGGCUGAAUUUGUAUUGAUUAUGCGAAAGUUGGAACAAUGUAACAAGGUUUCCGUCCGAUAAAACUUCUGCUGAAAAAUACCUGUUUAAACAGAUCACAAAAGUACUACAAUUGAAUAAAACCGUACUAUUUUAAUAUAAAAAAGCAUUUAUUUAUGUAAUAAGCAGGUAUUUUUAAUAAAUAAACCUUGC